AUGUCUUAUGCCGAUCUUAAGGGUAAAGUCUUCUUUCUGACGGGAGCGGCUUCCGGACAGGGCCGUGCUACUGCUAUCUCCCUUGCUCGCCAGGGUGCAAAGCUUGGUUUGCUGGACCUUAAGCACCCACAAGAGACACUCGAUGAGAUUAACCAGCUUAGUGGAGAAGCCAUUGGGUUUGAAAUUGAUGUCGUUGACUCUGCCGGAAUCGAAGCUGCUGUUAAAGCGACCAAGGUGAAAUUUGGAAAAAUCGACGGUGCAGUCAAUCUGGCUGGUUGGAUUGGAACUCAAGGAUUCAAAGGAAAGGGAUAUGCACUUGAUGCGAUCAAGGAUGAAGACUGGGAUAGGAUGAUGGCGAUCAAUCUUAAUGGUGUUCGCAAUAGCUUGUCCUCGGAAAUGAGACAUAUUAGCGAUGGCGGAAGUAUUGUCAACAUUGCGAGUAUUGCGGGCCAGCGAGGAUCUCCUUGGAAUGCCCCAUACGGUGCGGCAAAAUGGGGUGUCAUUUCUUUGACCAAGUCGGCCGCUCAAGAACUCGGACCUAAGAACGUCAGAGUAAAUGCUAUAGCUCCUGGAGUUGUCGAUACAGCCCUUGCUACUGCGCUCGGUGAUGCUGAUGUUGUCUUCCAGAGAAUGGUGUCUCGGAGUGCUCUUCAGCGACUUGCCCAGCCUCAAGAGAUCGCUAACUGCAUUCUAUUCUUGCUUAGCAACUCCUCGAGCUUUGUCACAGGAAGUGUUUUGAAUGCCGAUGGUGGAUUCCAGUAA